GCCAGUUAUGAAGACAGACAUCGCUAUUUUAGCACAAAACAUUAAUAAUGUUUUGUGAUCUACAGAAUCUACCGAUAAUAGCGCUUGGUGGUGUGUUCUGUAACUAAUUCAAUGAUUACAUUUUACGGAUUGAAGUUGAACCCCCCUCAAAAAGACAGAUGUCAAUAAAACUACGUGGCUGUGUAGGAGGCAUCGGUAGGAGGUUAGGAGGUAGAGUAAGUGACAGUGACAUAACCUAAUAAUUUUAACAUUUUUUAACCUUUUCUUUUCUUGUCUUACCACGUCUAGAGAUCACCGAGUUGUUUUAGUUAUGAAAUCUAACAUUAAAAUUAAGGAAGAGUUUGUUGAAAGUAGCCAAAGACACAUAGAGAAUCAGCUUUCUACGUCAACUGAUCGUGGGGACUUAAAUGUACUAGAAGAAAACUCAGCUAGGGCUGUAAAAACUGAAAUUAAGGAAGAGUUUGUUGAAGAUAAUCCAAAAUAUGUAGAGAGUCAGGUAUCCACUUCAUUUGUUCUGAGAGACUUGAAGAAUGAACCAGAUGACUAUAACUCAGAUAGGUCUCUAGAAGCUGAAAUUAAGGAAGAGUUUGUUGAAGAUGAUCCAAGAUAUAUACACAGUCAGCUAUCCACCUCUCUUGAUCUUGGAGUCUUAAAGAAUGAGGAUACCUCAGGUUUUGCUCAGGAGGAGAACAAACCGAAAAGUAUGGAGACAUCUUUUGAACAUUUAUCCCAUAAAGGACUCUAUAUGAGUCGACCCGCUGAAGGGAAACCCGUGAAUAAAAAUAUAAAAAUUCAGAUUAGACAGGGAGACUAUAAUUGUGAAAUUUGUUUCAAGCAGUUUGGUCGAAAAAAUUAUUUAACUAAACACAUGAAAGUUCACACUGGAGAAAAACCUCAUAAGUGUGAAAUUUGUUUUAAAAAGUUUUCGGACACAUCUAAAUUGAAAACACAUUUGAGGGUACACACCGGAGAAAAACCUUACAAGUGUGAAAUUUGUUUGAAGCAGUUUUCUACAGCAAGUUAUUUGAAGACACAUUUGAUACUGCACACUGAAAGAAAGCCUUUCAAGUGUGAAAUUUGUUUGAAGCAGUUUUCUCAAAAAGGUAGUUUGAAAAUACAUUUGGUAGUGCACACUGGAGAAAAAUCUUACAAGUGCGAAAUUUGUUUGAAGCAGUUUUCUACAGCAAGUUAUUUGAAGACACAUUUGUUACUGCACACUGAAAGAAAGCUUUUCAAGUGUAAAAUUUGUUUUAAGCAGUUUUCUUCAACAAGUAAUUUAAAAACACAUUUGUUAGUGCAUACUGGGAAAAAACCUUACAAGUGUGAAAUUUGUUUGAAGCAAUUUUUUACAGCAAGUGCUUUGAAAAGACAUUUGGUAGUGCACACUGGAGAAAAAACUGAAGAGUGUAAAAUUUGUUUUAAGCAGUUUUCUAGAGCAAAUUAUUUGAAAGCACAUUUGAAGGUGCACACUGAAGAAAAUCCUUACAAGUGUGAAAUUUGUUUUAAGCAGUUUUCUCAAAAAUAUAAAUUGAAAAAUCAUUUGAUGGUACACACUGGAGAAAAACGUUACAAGUGUGAAAUUUGUUUGAAAAUGUUUAUUCAAAUAGGGGAGUUGAAAAAACAUUUGAGAACACACACAGGAGAAAAACCUUACAAGUGUGAAAUUUGUUUGAAGCAGUUUUCUAAAAAAAGUAAUUUGAAAACACAUUUGGUAGUGCACAAUGGAGAAAAACCUUACAAGUGUGAAAUUUGUUUUAAGCAGCUUUCUCAAAAAUACAAAUUGAAAAAUCAUUUGAUGGUACACACUGGAGAAAAACGUUACAAGUGUGAAAUUUGUUUGAAAAUGUUUAUUGAAAUAGGAGAGUUGAAAAAACAUUUGAGAACACACACAGGAGAAAAACCUUACAAGUGUGAAAUUUGUUUGAUGCAGUUUUCUCAAACAAGUAAUUUGAAAAAACAUUUGGUAGUGCACACUGGAGAAAAACCUUACAAGUGUGAAAUUUGCUUUAAACAGUUUAGCCAAGCAUCUAAUUUGAACAGACAUUUGAUAGUAGUGCACACUGAAGAAAAAGCUUAGAAGUGUAAAAUUUGUUUUAAGCUGCUUUCUACAGCAAGUAAUUUACAUUUUUGUUAGUGCACACUGAAGAAAACCCUUAGAAGUGUGAAAUUUGUUUUAAGAAAUUUAAUCAAGUAGAUACUUUGAAAAUACAUUUGAGAGUGCAUACUGGGGAAAAAGCUUACAAGUGUAAAAUUUGUUUUAAACAGUUUAGCUUGUUGUAAACAGUUUAGCCAAGCAUAUUCUUUGAAAACAUAUUUCAGAAUGCACUUUGAAGAAAAGGCGUACAAGUGUGAAAUUUGUUGUAAACAGUUUAGCCAAUGAGAUUCUUUUUUUUUUUGCCUGUAAUUUUGUUGGUUAGUAGGAUAGAAUGCUUCCGUAAUAGGCGCCUUUGGAAGAUUUUGGACCUGUUGAAGAUCAAAGCAAUAUGUCACGCUAUCAGCAGAUUCCUCUUUCAUUGAUUUAAAAAACUGCUUUGCUCGCGUCUUAUGCAUAGUUAAAUCCAUUUUUAAUUUUAAUCUUUGCUCUUCAUCCUUGGUGGUAUUUAUCUCAGUGUUUGUUCUUAUGCAAAAGCCACAAACAUCAGUAGCUGGACUUCCAAAGGCUAAAACAAACGGACAACUUAGUAAAAAAUAAAAAACAUUUUUUUAAUAAUAUCUACCUAUAUUAAACUUAUUGCUGAAAAUUCGACUAAAGUACUUACUUGUAGUUUGUUUGGAGUGAAUUAUCUAGAAUCUGAUCAUUAUACAUCUCCCACAGCUUUUUUAUGUUUAACUCAGAUGACAAAUAGAUUCUUCUUGACUUGCCUCUACCAUAGUGGCUUUCAUGGCCCUUCAAAGACGAAAUAAAUUUCACUUUCUAAUUUAAGCGCAUUUUUCUUGGACUUUCUGUCUCCACCACGAUUGUCUUUUAUACUAGUGCCAAGCAUCUUUUUUCUCACUAUCGUAUGAAUUCUUCUUGGACCACAAUUAAAAAUAGAGGAAAAU